AAUUUAAAACAAAAAGGCAAAGGAACCAUAGCAACUGUCUAAAUGUGCGCUUUCAAAAAAAUUAUAUUGAACUAUUACAUUGAACAAACAACACGCAAAAAAUAUAAGCGCCAGCAAAGAAUUAAGGCGGAAAGAUGGAUAAACCACAAAUGGUUGAGCACAUACAGCAAUCGGUUAAUUACACGAUUUUUGAUUGCAAGUGGAUUCCAUGCUCGGCAAAGUUUGUCGUCCUAGGCUCCAAACCUAAUAGCCAUGGUAUACUUGAGAUAUACGAAUUAAACAAGAAUAAAGUGGAAAAGAUCAAAGUGGUUGAAAAAAGUGAUGCUUUCAAGUGUGGAACAUUUGGUGCGGCGAGUUUACGCAAUCGUCAUAUGGCAAUUGGUGACUUCAAAGGAAGACUACAAGUACUUGAUUUGGACCGCACUGAUUUACCUGUGUACAACGUGGUGGCGCAUAAAAGCAUCAUCAAUAGUAUUGAUGGUAUUGGAGGAAAGCAAAUUGAUUGUGGUCCACCAGAAAUUGUGACAGGCAGUCGUGAUGGUAGCGUUAAAGUAUGGGACAUACGUCAAGGUCAAGCACCCGUAGUAGAUAUGACACCAGAGGGUGCUGAAGGCGACAGACGUGAUUGCUGGGCUGUUGCUUUCGGUAAUAGCUUUGAUAAUCAGGAGCGCGUAGUAGCGGCAGGCUAUGAUAAUGGGGAUCUAAAAUUAUUUGAUUUACGCCAAUUGGCUGUGCGUUGGGAAACUACUUUGAAGAAUGGCGUCUGUGGUAUCGAGUUCGAUAGACGUGAUAUUAAAAUGAAUAAAAUGGGCGUUACGACAUUAGAAGGUGGGCUGCAUGUAUUCGAUAUGCGCACCCAACAUGCAAGUAAGGGAUUUGCUAGUGUUGAAGAGCGUAAUGCGGGACGUUCCGUUGGUUCACAUGGUGUUAUAAGUGGCCCUAAAUCAACACUUUGGACUAUACGCCAUUUGCCGCAAAAUCGCGAUAUAUUUGUUACGUCCGGUGGCACUGGUUCCUUGCGUCUAUGGAAGUAUGAAUACCCAGGCAAGCGACAAAAGGAUGAUGGCAAUGGUUUAAUGGAGGGUGUUCCCGGCACACUGGAGAUGUUAAAUGCUAGUACAGUAUCCUCACAACCAGUACAUUGCUUUGAUUGGCAUCCAGACAAACUGGGUUUAGGGGUUUUUGGCGCUUUCGAUCAGAGCGUACGUGUAUUAGUAACAACAAAAUUAAAUUGUUAUAACUAAUUAUUUAUUAUUUAAUUCGAUUUUUUUACGACAACAAAAAAUACAAAAAUCCAAACAAAUUGAAUUUACAAGUUUCUGGCGUUUUUGAUCAGAACGUAAAUGUAUUAUUAACGAAAUUAAAUUAU